AUGCUCGCCAACGGGCUUGACGACGUACUGCCGUACUCCCCGCGAUGGAGCCUGGAAAAUAUUGUCUGUACACUGCCAUCAACCAACUUCUCGACAAACGUCGACUAUGAAGCCAUCGCCGAGCCUAUUGUCAACGCCUUGGAACAUCUCAGUGCUGACCAGCUAGCAGCUGAAGCGAUCUGGCGCGACCUUUUUGCCCUCACUGGCACCACUCGGACCAUAUAUAAACCUGGUUCCAUACUGAAGGCGUGGUCUGAAACCAGGCAUCAGCGUCUGGGACAAGGGUUCAGACUUGUACCUACAUCAAGCAAGGAGGUUCGUCUGCCAGGCGGCUAUGGGUGGGUGCAGGUUGCGUUCACUUUCGAGAUGAGGAGCGCACCCGAGUCCACGGGAUACGGCUUCCUGUCUCUCGUACAGGAAGAUGGAAAAUGGAAGAUCUGGAUCUUACGCACCCUGUUGAAACAACUCAAAGGCCACGGUAAUGUCGACGCUCUGAUGCCAGCUCAGGGUGCUUGCGAGACUUCCACGAGGUUGAGCAUGCCAUCUCACCAGCUACAUGCAAACCCUGCCACGACUCUCAAUGGGCAUCACCUUGCUGUAGACUCUGCUGGAGAGCAUUUCGAUGUCGUUAUAGUGGGCGCCGGACAAUCAGGUCUGAGCUGCGCCGGACGACUCGAAUGCUUGGGCGUCCGUUACGUUGUCUUGGAGCAAAACGCGGAGGUCGGGGACAAUUGGAAGAUGCGCUACGAAUCCGCAAGACUGCAUACGAUUCGCGAAUACAGUCAGCUGCCCUUUGACCGCACAUUUUCAGACCCAUACCCAGAGUUCUUGGGUAAAGACGAUCUCGUAAAGGGGUACAAGGAGUGGGUCAGCAAGUUCGGCAUUGACAAGAACAUACGCUUCUCUACGACUCUCGAGUCCGGGACGUGGAACGAAGCCGGGAACUUGUACAGUCUGCAAGUUCGGCAAGAUGGAAAGCUGAAGACACUGUCUUCUCGCCACGUCAUCCUUGCAAUCGGUCCGGGUGGCCAGAUUCCAAUGCAACCGAAGUUACCAGGGGCCAAUAAGUUUUCAGGCCUCAUUUUACACUCUGCUAACUAUACAUCCGCCACAUCAUGGAAAGGUAAAUCAGGCAUUGUAGUCGGCACGGCCAAUACUGCACAUGAUGUGGCAGAGGACAUGGUGCUGGCUGGGCUGUCUUCGGUUACAAUGUUUCAACGAGGCAAGACAUAUGUUCUGCCAGCGGAGUACUUGGCCACGGUAGCCGGUCGUUCGUAUCGAAAAGAUGUCGCAACUUCUGACGCAGAUCAAGAGGCUCAAAGCCUCCCCAACGUGGUGAGUAGACUUUUAUUUGACAAGAGCCUCAAUGCCCAAGCUGCUCUUCAGCCCGAAAGAUUCGACGCUCUAGAGAGAGCGGGUUUUCAAGUCCAGCGGUACGGAGACUUGCUGUGGCAUAUAAACGAGAGGUUUGGUGGCCAUUAUAUCGACGUUGGCUGCUCGGAAAGAAUCAGUCGAGGAGAAAUCAAGAUGAAGUCCGGAGUUAGUCUGACACAGUUUGCCAACGAUGGAUUGGGAUUCAGCGAUGGUUCCGUUGUGCCAGCCGAUGUGAUCAUCUUCUGCACCGGGUUCUUGGGUGACAUGCGCAGUGAAGUGGCGCGGCUUUUCGGCCAGCAAGUCGCAGAUCGGACAAGAGGGUUCUGGGGUCUAGACGUAGAAGGCGAGUUCAAUGGCGCUUUCAGACCUUCUGGACCACUGCAGAUCAAAGCCGACCUUCUGGGGAUGCCGCUCACCGUCUACGAAGGGGAGCAGAGGUCUGCUCAGGAGAAAAUGACAGUCAUCAGCAACGGCAACCAUGAAGCAUCACAGUAA